AAUACGCUUUUGCCGGGAUUUCAGGAAUUAAGUGCCUUUUGACAUUUUUCUGCUGCAUCUGAUAGAAAUCUCCCUCUCCCUUCUGUGUUUUCUUUAUGAAAAGUGUUCUUGGGUUCAUCAAGAUUUUGACAAUGCUGCACCGCUUGGCUCUUCUCCCUUCCCUGCGUUCCUCAGGUCGAUUUUGGCAGGUGUCUGAUGUGGCUGGAUCCCAUCCUUGCUUACUGGCUCCAAACCUGGUGUUGAGGAAUAAGUCUGCCCGAGGCUGGAGUAACAUACCUUUUAUCACAGUACCCCUCAGUCGCACCCAUGGCAAGUCUUUCGCACAUCGCAGCGAGCUAAAGCAUGCCAAGAGAAUUGUGGUUAAAUUGGGGAGUGCUGUUGUCACUCGAGGUGAUGAAUGUGGCCUAGCCCUGGGCCGAUUGGCAUCCAUCGUUGAGCAGGUGUCAAUGCUGCAAAACCAGGGCCGGGAGAUGAUGAUUGUCACCAGUGGUGCAGUGGCGUUUGGAAAGCAACGUCUCCGUCAUGAGAUCUUGCUUUCACAGAGUGUGAGACAGGCUCUUCACUCAGGACAGAACCAGCUCAAAGAUAUGGCCAUUCCUGUGCUGGAGGCUCGAGCCUGUGCUGCUGCUGGUCAGAGUGGGCUGAUGGCACUGUAUGAGGCUAUGUUCACACAAUAUAGCAUCUGUGCAGCUCAGAUCUUGGUUACUAACCUGGAUUUCCAUGAUGAGCAGAAACGUAGAAAUUUAAAUGGGACUUUGCAUGAGCUGCUACGGAUGAAUAUUGUCCCUAUCAUCAAUACCAAUGAUGCUGUGGUUCCUCCCCCAGAGCCUAACAGUGACCUGCAGGGGGUAAACGUAAUUAGUGUGAAGGACAAUGAUAGUUUAGCAGCACGGCUAGCUGUGGAAAUGAAGACAGAUCUGCUAAUUGUUCUUUCCGAUGUUGAAGGACUUUUUGAUAGCCCUCCAGGGUCAGAUGAUGCAAAACUCAUAGAUAUAUUUUAUCCUGGAGACCAACAGUCUGUGACUUUCGGAACCAAAUCUCGAGUGGGGAUGGGAGGCAUGGAGGCCAAGGUUAAAGCUGCCCUAUGGGCUCUUCAAGGAGGAACUUCAGUUGUGAUUGCUAAUGGAACACAUCCCAAGAUUUCUGGCCAUGUCAUCACAGAUAUUGUGGAGGGGAAAAAAGUUGGCACAUUUUUUUCAGAGGUAAAACCUGCAGGACCAACAGUAGAACAGCAGGCAGAAAUGGCUCGAACAGGAGGCAGAAGUUUGGCAGCACUGCAACCUGAGCAGAGAGCUGAGAUCAUCUAUCAUCUUGCUGAUCUUCUGACAGACCAAAGAGAAGAGAUUCUUCAGGCUAACAAAAAGGAUUUGGAAGAGGCUGAGAAUAAAGGGAGAUUGGCUCUGCCUUUGUUAAAGAGACUCAGUCUGUCAACCUCCAAGCUGAACAGUUUGGCCAUUGGUUUGCGUCAGAUUGCUUCAUCCUCACAAGACAGCGUUGGCCGUGUCCUUAGAAAGACAAGAAUAGCAAAGGACUUGGAACUUGAGCAAGUGACUGUGCCUAUUGGGGUCUUGCUAGUGAUUUUUGAAUCCCGUCCUGAUUGCCUUCCCCAGGUGUCUGCUUUGGCUAUUGCUAGUGGAAAUGGUUUGUUGCUAAAAGGAGGCAAAGAGGCUUUACACAGCAAUCAAAUCCUUCACCAUCUGACUCAAAAAGCACUUUCAGUUCAUGGGGUGAAGGAUGCAGUGCAACUGGUGAAUACCAGAGAAGAAGUGGAAGAUCUUUGCCGAUUAGAUAAAUUAAUAGAUUUGAUCAUUCCCCGUGGCUCAUCUCAGCUGGUUCGGGAUAUCCAAAAAGCAGCCAAAGGAAUCCCAGUGAUGGGGCACAGUGAAGGGAUUUGCCAUAUCUAUGUGGACUUGGAAGCCAGUGUUGAGAAAGUUACUAGAAUAGUGAGAGAUUCAAAAUGUGAAUAUCCUGCAGCCUGCAAUGCUUUGGAGACACUGCUAAUACAUCGGGAUUUGCUGAGAACUCCUGUAUUUGAUCAGAUUAUUGACAUGUUGCGGGUGGAACAGGUAAAGAUACAUGCUGGCCCCAAAUUUGCCUCCUAUCUUACAUUUAGCCCUUCAGAGGUGAAAUCACUUCGCACAGAAUACGGGGACCUGGAAUGCUGCAUUGAAGUGGUGGACAGUGUACAAGAUGCUAUUGAGCACAUUCAUAAAUAUGGGAGCUCCCACACAGAUGUAAUCAUCACAGAGAAUGAGAACACAGCAGAGUUCUUCCUACAGCACCUGGAUAGUGCCUGUGUGUUCUGGAAUGCCAGCACUCGCUUCUCAGAUGGCUAUCGUUUUGGGCUGGGUGCUGAGGUGGGCAUCAGCACAUCACGGAUCCAUGCCCGUGGGCCAGUGGGAAUUGAGGGGCUCUUGACAACUAAGUGGUUGCUACGUGGGGACAAUCACAUUGUUUCUGACUUUUCCGAGCAAGGGAGCAUGAAAUACCUUCACGAGAACCUUCCCAUCCCACAAAGGAACACUAACUGAGAAUCUGAGUGAAGAGCUUGGUACUUAUAGGGCUGUUGUUAUUUCAGAACCUAGCCUGGGAAGGAAAUGAGCCUUUUCUAGGCAUGCAGUUUUUAUGGGUGCUCAGGAGUGUGGAAAGUGGGGUUCUCUGCUUUAGUUCCCCCCCACCCCCUCAACUGCAUUGUGUAGGGGACACAUGCAGAUGCAUUACAGGAUCUCUUGCAGUGCAGGAAAAAGAACUUUUGAUCUGUCAUUAAUGAAGAUGUGUGUCAUCAGGUCUUUCAUAGUUCACUCCAAAUCACUGGAAAGUUUUCGGCUAGUAGCAGAACUGAAUGCCUUUUUUCCCUGAUGCUUUUCUUGCUUUGGGAAAAACAUUGGGUUUUUUUCUUUCUGUCUCCUUCUCUAGAAAUUUGUAGCAACUUAAUUUUUAAAAGUGCUCCAUCAGUUCAUCUCUUAUUUAAUAUAUUGAAUUAUCUUAAUAAAUUUUCCAGGUACAAAAUAAAUGGUCUUUAUCCUCCAAACAUUAUUUUUCAUGCCUAAUAUCCUUUAAUUACUGGCUGCCUUGUGGGAUAAGAGGCUAGGACAGUAAUAGUUGUACCAGUCAGGGGUUUCACUAUGACCCUUUAAUGAAUAUUUGUAUCAAAUAUUUUGUUCCUGAAUUUUAUAUAGAAUUAUUAUUUCCCGAGACAAACAUAUUUUUCCAAUUUUAUGGUUUUGCAAAUAAAACUCCCUUGCAAUAAAAUUAUGGAUUCAACCAUUUUGUUCGAAAUAUAUAUUGUGUUGUACUAACAAUGGGUGACACAUUUAUGUAGCUUGCAACACACAUUGUGGAGUUGUACUUGAUUAGCACUCACCUUAUUUUUGUUUGGCAAAAUCUUUUUAAUCUUUUAAGCUCACAUAUACUUAUGAGUGAAG